UAAAAUAUUUAUGAGUGUAAAGAAUCAAUUUUAAUGAAGUUUUUUUUCUUUUUUAGAUCCAUAAUAAUCAUGACAGAACACUAUUACGAAACUGUUUACAGAAGAGAUUACAAAGGUCUUCGUGGCUGCCGUGCAACCACGCAAAAUGUUGUGGAAAUGCUAUGGAAGUAAUUGAUGCAGCUAUGAAAGACAGAUAUAGAACAGUUUCACAGGUAGACUAUACUCCAGGCAAAUUGGAAAUAUUGAAAAAGCCCAUAGGAAUGAAGGCAUUGGAUACCAGUUUUUUAUUAAUUCAAGCUACAGCUCGCGAAACAUUCAAUGCACAUUGUAAGAAGGCAGUGAGGCCUCUGCUUACUGCUAGACGGCUUUAUGGAUUCUAUGAUCACAAGCUUUGGCACACUGGCGAAACUGAAUAUGAUGGAGUUAUAGGACGUACUGGAUGGGAGAUGCUGAAGAGCGGGUACAAAAACGACGCCGAGACUACACCGACAGCUGACAACGAGCUACCAACCAUCAUGCAUUGAAUUUAGCGUUUUACAUAUGUGAAAAAUAAGUUUUAAUUUUAUUUGUUGAGAAUUAUAACUUUUGUGAAUAAACUUGUUACUCUAGAGUUCAA